CGGGGCACAGCCCGGCCCCGCGCUCACCCUGCUGCCACGGAGGAUGCUGAGCAGCCAUGGUCCCCUCUGCCACCGCCCUGGCGCUCAGCCUGGCGCUGCUCCUUGCCUGCCCCGCGCACGGUGAGGAGCUGGCCAGGCCCCGCUCCGUGCGCAUCACCACAGAGAAGGGCUGGCCCCUGCUGAGGUGGGAGCCGGGGCUCGGCUGCCCCAGCGACGCCCGCUACGACGUGGAGUACAUAGUCUACGGCACCGGCAUCCCCUGGAGAGCCAUCCCAGAGUGCAGCAACACCUCGGAGCGCUCCUGUGACCUCACCCGCUACACCCCGGAGCCGGAGCAGCGCUACCACGCGCGGGUCAGGGCCGUGACCAAAAACCUCACAUCCUCCUGGGAAAGGACCGGCGGCUUCUCCCCACAGCAAGCUGGCCCGCGCCUGGUGGGCCAGAGCCUCUCCGUGAUGGGCAACUCCAUCCAGGUGCGGCUGCAGCUGCUGCUCCAGCCCGGGAACGUCAGCCUGGAGUACAGCGACUUCCAGAGGGCAAUGACCCGCUACCACGUGCACCUCAGGAGGACACGGGACAACCACACGAUCACGGUGGUGAAGAACAGCAGCGAGUUCACCAUCAGGGAGCUGUUCUGGCUCACAGAGUACUGCCUGAGCGUGGAGCCCAGCCUGGCCAACAGGGCCGUGCCCACCACGCGCUCUGCUGAGCAGUGUGUCACCACCGGCCACAGGGACAGGAGUGCAGAGAUCCUCCCGACCAUCCUCAGCUCUUCCUUCAUCAUCCUCUCCUUGCUGGGCCUCCUGGGGGCUCUGCUGCUGGCACGGACCUACAUCAGGAAACCUGUGAGGACACCGUCCGCCCUGAAGUCCUUCAUGAAGCAGAGCUCGCUCUGGGUGGAGCACGAGCCCCCAUCCUCGGGCAGCCUGGAUGCAGACCCCAUCCAGCAGCUCUUCCUGGGCCAGAAGGAGCCCCAGCCGGACAGCAGCCCUGGCAGCAGCCCCAGCGCAGCCCAGCUGCCCCUGGAGCAGGGCUGGAAGCUCCCAGCAUGGCCCAAGGACCAGCUGGGCCCACUGGGGCCCACGGGGAGCAGAGACAGCAGCGGCACCAGCACCGACAGCGGCAUCUGCCUGCACAUCCCCUCCUCCUCCUCCUCCUCCCUGAGCUGCUCCACGGGCCCCGAGCCCCAGGGCUACAGACAGCAGCUGCCCAAGGCUGAGGACAGCGGGGUGGGCUUGGAGAGCCCCUGCCCUGCUGCUGGCUGCUCCUCUGGCAGUGGGAGCACCAGCCCAGGGCUGUGCCCUGCCCCUGGCCAGGCAGAAGUGGAGUUCCGGGGGUACCUGCAGCAGUCCAAGGGCACCGUGGAGCCAGAGCGGGCCCCGGAGCAGGGAGAGCCCCUCCCGGGCUGUGCAGGGUCCAUGCAGGGCCGGGGCAGCACCGAGGUCGUGCUGGACAUGGAGUGCUCCGAGCUGGCUGUGGCCAAGGGGUAUUUGAAGCAGUCCUCCCCCGAGCAUCCCCUCACACAGCACCUCGCUCCCUGGGGAGACCCUGCCUGCCACUUCUCCAGCCAGGUGGGGCCCCAAGCGCCCACCCUGCUGAGCUGGGCAGCCCCAGGUGCUCCACUGACCUCCAAAGCCAGCCCUGAUCUGAAAACUCCCUUCGACCUGAACAUCUUCAGCAACACUGCCUUCCCAGGGCCACUGGACCUCAUGUCCAGCCUCGGCUCCAGCUGGAUCCCACUGCCCACCCAGCCCCUGGGCCAGCUCGGGGGGGACAGCAAGGACAGCCGCCUGUGACCCGUCCCCUGGGGCCACCAGCCCUGCGCUCUGACCCAACUACCUCAUCUGCCACUGGAUAAGCUACUCCUGACCCCUGAAUGUCCACGGUGCCAGCCCAGCCAUGGCCCAGCAGCACCAGCUCAGCCACUGGUGGGGCUGCUUUGUCCCAGUCCUGCUGUGGGCAGCCCCCAGGGCACCCCUCCAGCCCCCCCAGCUAACGGGACACAGGGAUGGGCUGUGCUGGAGGGGCUCACACCGACCUGCUUGGGCCACCAAGGAUACACUCCAGGGCACUUCUGCCUUGCCCAGCACGGGCUGCAGGGCCACCCUCGGGGCCUGGGCUAGUCCUGUGCUUCCACUUCCCCCUCUCCUGGGCCAGCUGGGCUCCUCCUGCUGACGUCCCCACUCCUGGUGCCAUCCCAGCCUUUCGCAACACAGAGACUGAGGGCAGAGGUCAGGCUGGCAUCAGUGCCCUGCUGCUGGCAGCAUGGGCUCCUGCCCUGCCUGACCCCACCUGGAUGGACCAGGAGCCUUUCCUGACCCUACAGAGACCCUUCAGCCUCCAGCCCCUCUGGGGGAGCCCCAGGGCAGGAUCUGGGGUGCACCUACAGGCCCAGGGUGAGCCAGGGCAGUCCUACCCACACUAUGGUCUGUGUUCUGCCACUCUCAGAUACAGACGUUAUUUAUUGCAUUUCAUUUGUAAAUACAGAAAGGAUGUGUUAUUUA